UGCUGCAUUCUGGGCAGCGAGGAGAGGAAACCUGGCUCUGCUCAGGCUGCUGCUGAACAGCGGUCGGGUGGACGUGGACUGCAGGGACAGUGUACGGAUGGACUCGUUCGGUAUACGCAUGCCAAGGACACGCCACGUCCCCCGUUGGCAUGAGAGCACCUCCUGAACACAUUUCCCUUAACUGCUUAUCUACUCGUUCAUGUGUUUGCUUGCUUCAUUCUUUUCAAAAAGUCCAAGGCACCACAGUGAACUUAAAAACGUACUGGGGAAACUAUCACAUGCAUAAAACCACAGGAGGCCACAAUAGGGAGAGAGACACUUGACCAGGAAUCUGAAUUGGCAGAUUCCAAGAAGCGGUGUUUAGUAAAGAGAAUUCAAACCAGCUGCUUUCAUGAAAAGGUGGAGAUAAUUUAGAGUGGAGGAAGGCUGCUGUGGAGGUGGCAGUUAGGUUUUUUCCUUCAAGGAUGAGAGAACAGAGAGGGAGCCUCCCCCAGAUUCUUUCCCUCUCAUUACCUUUGCAAACAUCAGUACACUAAUUGGCAAUUAAGGGGAACUAAAAAUAGACACUACUGCCCGCCUACGGCCUGGACUAAGAUGGCCCCGCCCUCCCCAGCUAGAGGUAAAGAUUUCUCUGUACUCAGCGUGACUUCUCCACAUCUUUGGGGACAAGGAGGACUCAGAGGAGAGAGAGAGGACAGAUGUUUUGAUUUUAGGAUUUGAAUAAAAAUGUUUUUCAGAGGAGUCUUAUUGUUUUCCUGAAAACAGGAUGUGCCAUUUCCAGCUUUUAUUGCACAAAUAUGGUCAUUGAGAUCAGCCACAGUGCACCCGCUGGGGGCAUCAGUGCAGGGCACCUUGGGUUUGCACCUCCAGGUCCACUCAGCCUUCUCCAGCUCCCCCUGUUCCCCAGCACCUGAACUGUACGGUCUGUCCCAGUGGGCUUGCUUCCCUCUUACUUCCAGUUGGGUUUGGCCAAUGGGAGCAUUGGCAGGGGUCAGAGAGUGGAAUGACUGAUGUUGGGGAGCCCAGUGCACCCUCCCCCACCCCACUCUCUCUGGCAGCAGCAUCCUGGGAGCCACCACCUUCCCCCUCCUGCCUUCAGGCCUGGGCUGGCUGUGGAGCCCGCUGUUCAGUUCCCAGGGCUACACUGAUCUUUACAGUAUCCUUCCUCUCAGGGCACAGCUUUAUAAAUAGUCCCCUUGUUAAACUUUCUUCCAGUUAUCUCACUUUCAGUGUGCCAUCUGUUCCUUGCCAGGACCCAGACUGAUAGGAGGUCUUGGGCAUCUGGGCCCUGGCCAUCCCUCCCUUACUUGGCCUCACUGGGCAGUAGCGCCACAAUGGGCAAAGCUGCAGCAGGGACACUGGUUUUCAUUGUGGCCUCAUCCACCAACCAGGUCAAUGGCCAUUUUCCCCUCUUUUCUUGAAACCACUUUUGUUUAGACACCUCUCUGACUUUCUCCUGGCUUUUAGCUUCCCAGGGUCACUGAAUAGUGCCACACAUGUCCUGCCCCCCGGACAGCACCCCACACUGUCAGCCCCCAGGGCCCUUUCCCCAUCAGAGCUCACCUCCCACCACCAUCCCCUUCCCCUUGGGGCUCACACUCAGUCUCUCUCUGUCUGCUGGGUGACCCAGUAGCUAUUUUGAUCAAAAAAUUUGCUUCUAUAAAUAGAUACUAAUGUGCUUUAGGACACUCCUUGUUUAAAAGAAAAAGUCACUUUCCAAGGGGCUCUCAGGAAGGAUGAUUUCUUAACUCAAAGGAGCAAGUCUAAAUGAUGGUGAUUUCAGACGCUCUCUUAUUUUGAAAGGGCUUCUACAGUUGGUGGUGGCUAAGGGGCAGGGAGAUGUUUGGGACGGUGCAGGCCCUGGUUUCCUCCAGAUUGCACGGGGCGGGGUUCCUGCCUCCUCCACAUGCCACCUGAACACGGAGUCUGGGUUCCAGGAUGGUUUCUUCCUGUGAAUGAUCUCUAGGCUAGUGUGGCCCUCACCAGUGGGGCCAAGCCCAGGGUCCCCUAGGAUGCCAGGAGAGCCAGUGGAAUGCAAGGAGAGGCCCCAGGCCUUUGCUGGGAACUGCUCCUAACCUCAGUAUGGCACCACGCUCCUCAUGGUCGCCUCCUAUGCUGGUCACAUAGACUGUGUGAGGGAACUCGUUCUCCAAGGAGCGGACAUCAAUCUCCAGAGAGAGUCAGGUACAACUGCCCUGUUCUUCGCUGCUCAGCAAGGCCAUAAUGACGUCGUGAGAUUUCUCUUUGAAUUUGGAGCAUCCACUGAGUUUAGGACCAAAGACGGGGGCACUGCCCUCUUGGCUGCCAGUCAGUAUGGACACAGGCAGGUGGUGGACACCUUGCUGAAGCAUGGAGCCAACAUCCACGACCAGCUCUGUGACGGGGCUACAGCACUCUUCCUGGCCGCCCAAGGCGGUUACUUGGAUGUGACUCGGUUACUGUUGUCUUCAGGAGCUAAGGUCAACCAGCCGAGGCAGGACGGGACAGCGCCGCUGUGGAUCGCGUCUCAGAUGGGCCACAGCGACGUGGUGAGGGUGAUGCUGCUGCGUGGAGCUGACCGCGACGCCGCCCGCAAUGAUGGUACAACAGCAUUACUGAAAGCAGCCAACCAAGGGUAUAAUGAUGUUAUAGAGGAGCUGCUGAAAUUCUCACCUACCCUUGGUAUUUUGAAGAAUGGGACGUCGGCCCUCCAUGCGGCAGUGCUCAGCGGGAAUAUUAAAACAGUCGCGCUGCUCCUGGAAGCAGGGGCAGACCCUGCCCUGAGAAACAAGGCCAAUAAACUUCCUGCAGAACUAACCCAAAACGAGCGUAUAUUACGCCUCCUCCGAAGUAAAGAAGGACGCAGGAAGAGCUAACUUAGAUGUAAAUGUGACUAAAAGGUAGAAAUUUAACCACAUUGUCCAACUAGAAAUUGCUUUCAAAUAGUGUUGGAAAUUCUUUUAAGACAGAAAAUGCUCUGAAUGCCCGCCCUGGGUCCCUGCCCAAGAAGAGCUGUGCUUCAUGCCCUGAAGCAGGAACAGAGCAGCUCAGGGACCCCUUCCCUCACCUGCACGGGCUUCUCCUUCUCGCACUGGCCCAAGACCCCGCUCCGGUGGGGCCUGGCAGUUUCUCGGGUUCCACAGAAACUCAUUUUAAACUGUACUAGCUUGGGUUUCUCUAAUUGUUAGUAGUUAAACUUUUCAUUGCGAAACCUUCCAAGCGCUUUAAAUAAGAAGACAGAAAUAUCGUAAGCCUUUAAAAGACUGAAAGUCCAACCUUCAGUGUAUCAAUGCACUUUUGCUUUUGUGUUAAAUGUAAAUGCGCUAAAAUAUAUACCUCCAUUCUGUUUUACACAUAAACAUGUAUGUCAUUCCAGUGUAAAAUGUUUUCUUCUACCCAAGGAGUAUAGCCAUGGUUACUAAGACUUAAUGAAGUGUAAAGUUGUGUUAUUAAAAAGCCAUUUCUGACAUUCCUCCAUGUGCUUUUCAAAGAUGGGCUAUUGCACUAUACAAAAGACAAAAAUGCUCAUUUGUGAAUGGAUCCUCAUGUUCUUCCUAAUGUGUAAAAAUCCUUUCUACCUGUUGUCCAUAGUGUCAGUAUGGUAGUACACAAGUGGCAAAUUUGGAAAUUCAGAAAAUUACAAAUGACACGAAAUGUAGGCUUGUUCCUUUGAGCUUUUACUCUGGUUCUGUUAUUGGGAAUCUACUUCCUGUGCCGUAACUAAGGAGGUUUAACAUGCUGCAGAAUCUCGAGCUUCCGAGUCACAUUGCUUGAUACAGUGACUUCUCAGCCCUUAGAUAAAACAUGAUGUGUGCAAGUACAAUAUGUCGCUAUCACUAUUGAAGGGUAUAAGUAAUAAAAGACUGUUAUUAGUAUUUAGUAAGUGUUCAUCUGUGCAUGCGUUGAAUGAUUCCAAGAAAGAAACCCGUGUUUUAUUGAAAUGCUCCCUUGAGAACAGGUGUCAAAUUUGUAAUUGAUGCACUUUACAGCCAGUGGUGUCUACCUGCCUCAUUCGGUGCCUACUAACUGCACACACAUAGACCGACCCUUCUGUCUGCAACCUGCCGUGUUAGACGCUGAUGGCGUUUCUGUUACUGAAAAACGCAUCUUUUGUUUUCUUGUUCAUGUUCUGCUCUGGUUUGCAGCCAGUGCUCCAUGUAACUACAUGUUAAAAUGGAGGGAGAUGUAAUCCCAAGAGAUUUUUUUAACCAUCUUGCACUGUCACUAAAAGCAGUUUCUUUAAGCCGGCAAAUAAUAGAGUAUAAUUUUGAAAUUAGAGGACAUUCUCUUAAAGUUUGUUAUGAUCAGUAAAAUAAUCAGUCAACCAAAAUCAGCUUAUUUCAGUCAGUGUCACAAGCAAAGCCAGUAGUGACAACCCACAGUCCCCAGACACACCUGCAGCCUGACUCACAAGGCAGCACGCCUGCAGUCCCAUUUCAGAACGAAAGAUUAGACGGCAGUCUAUAUUGCUAGAAGGCCCGUCCACAAAGAUUUUAGUCGCUGAAAGGCAGUGCCAGUUUCCUCUUUGACUUUCUUUUAUUCAGCAAAAUUGUAGUUAUACAUUCUCCCCCACUGUGGGAAUUUCAUAAAGUUAUAUUUAUUUUGAAGAGGAAAAUAAUAUGGCCUUAAAUUUUUACAUGUUUUUCCAUUAGUUAGAGUGCUUAGGCCAAAAAUGGCUGCCCCCCACUGAUCAAAAUCACAACAGUUUUAUAGGUACUACUAGCAAAGUUCCAAAAGUCCAAAAUGGGAUGAAAUCACACACGUAAUAUUGUUUUCAAUAAAAUAUAUUUUCCUUGGCCCAUUCAUUAGAUCAUUUUAUGUGGGUAAUGUUCAACAUUAGGGCAUUAAAAAUUAAUCUGGUAGCUUUAACAACAUGGAGGCCUCUUCUCAAUGAGAGGUCUCUAGGGUGGAAGGCUGUAAUCUCCUGCACAGAAGGUAGUAGAUUGUGUAAGUCAAUCACCAAAGACUGAAAAAAAGGUCUGUUAUUCAACGUUAAAUGGCGUUCAUUUUGCACACAAGUAAAUUUUUACUUUAUGUUCAUCUAAUUCACAGUUCAAUGAGCUCUGCAUUCUAAGGCUUAGAACUGGCAAUUCUUAUGCAAAUUAUUUGCUUAAUUGAACCACUAAAGUUUUUCAUUAUGUCUAUUUGUUUGAUGAAAUAUUCCAGGUUGUUAUAAUUCAAAAUAAAGUUAAUA